GCGGUUCUGCUAAUCUAACCUGCCGAGCUUUCUUUGGAUAUAGUGGAGAUGUCAGUCCUUUAAUCUACUGGAUGAAAGGGGAGAAGUUUAUUGAAGAUUUGGAUGAUAGUCGAGUUUGGGAAAGUGACAUCAGGGUUCUCAAGGAACAUCUCGGGGAACAGGAGGUUUCCAUCUCAUUGAUUCUUGACUCUGUGGAAGAGGCAGAUCUGGGGAAUUACUCGUGCUACGUCGAAAAUGGAAAUGGACGCCGACAUGCCAGUAUUCUUCUACAUAAAAGGGAGCUGAUGUACACAGUUGAGCUUGCUGGUGGGCUUGGUGCUAUUCUUCUGCUGCUUGUUUGUUUAGUUACUAUCUACAAGUGUUACAAGAUAGAGAUUAUGCUCUUCUACAGGAAUCAUUUUGGAGCUGAAGAACUAGAUGGAGACAACAAAGACUAUGAUGCAUAUCUAUCCUAUACCAAAGUGGAUCCUGACCAGUGGAAUCAAGAAACUGGAGAAGAAGAAAGAUUUGCUCUUGAAAUCCUGCCAGAUAUGCUUGAAAAGCAUUAUGGAUACAAGUUGUUCAUACCAGACAGAGAUUUGAUUCCCACAGGAACCUACAUUGAAGACGUGGCAAGAUGUGUAGACCAAAGCAAGCGACUGAUCAUCGUCAUGACUCCAAAUUAUGUGGUAAGAAGAGGCUGGAGCAUCUUUGAACUGGAAACAAGGCUUCGAAACAUGUUAGUCACAGGCGAAAUCAAAGUGAUACUGAUUGAAUGCAGUGAACUACGAGGAGUUAUGAACUACCAGGAGGUCGAGGCCCUGAAACAUACCAUCAAGCUCCUCACUGUCAUUAAAUGGCACGGACCAAAAUGCAACAAGUUGAAUUCCAAGUUCUGGAAACGUUUACAGUAUGAAAUGCCUUUUAAGAGGAUUGAACCCAUCACACACGAGCAGGUUUUAGAUGUCAGUGAGCAGGGGCCCUUUGGGGAACUGCAAACAGUCUCCGCAAUUUCCAUGGCUGCUGCCACCUCCACUGCUCUUGCCACUGCCCAUCCAGACCUGCGCUCCACAUUUCAUAACACAUAUCAUUCACAGAUGCGCCAGAAACACUAUUAUCGAAGCUAUGAAUACGAUGUACCUCCUACCGGCACCCUGCCACUUACCUCAAUAGGUAACCAGCAUACCUACUGCAACAUCCCUAUGACACUUAUAAACGGGCAGCGGCCACAGACAAAAACUAACAGGGAGCAGAAUCCGGAAGAGGGUCACACAAACAGUGCGAUACUGCCCCUCUUGCCACGGGAGACCAGUAUAUCAAGUGUCAUUUGGUGA